UUUUCUCAAAAUCUGAUGUGGAACGUAUUUUGAAGCGUGUUGAAUCUUUUCAGUUGGAGGUUUCCAACUUUUCACCAGAAUAUGACGCUGGAAAACAGUUAUUGAACCUGCAAAAGAAAGAGAUCAGCCUUACACUGCAUGUUAGCACUCUGGCCCAGUAUAUUAAACAAAAGCGCAUCCCAAGAGGCUUGCGGCUGGACAUUAAGCCUAAUCUAGGCAUUGAAGACCCUGCCUUUAACCAACAGUGGUUUGCCAUAUGCAAUAAAUGUAGCCUGGACCUGAUGCUACUAUCAGUCGAUAAUCUCUCUACGCAAGUGGAGACAAUUAGAUCAGAUAUUGAAAAACUCCGUACACAAAUAAUUGCGGAUAAAGGUGAGGAAGAAGCCGUUAAAAUCUUCUCACAGCAGCGUGAACCACUCAACAGACUGCGUGAGCAGGUCGCAAUUAAAAAAGCAUCGAAACUAGAAAGAGACGCGAACGAUUAUCUUCAAAACCGGGUCUAUACAUGGCGGGAGGACCGUUACCAGCAGAGGGAAGACCGCUCCUACCUGAGAGAAGAUCGCGGCCGCCAGAGGGAGUAUCGCGGCAGAGGAACGUACCGGAAAGCAGAGGGACAGUAUUGGCAACGCACCAGAGGAAGUUCCCGGACCGGAUUGCCAGCCCCACACGGACACUCGCACCAGAACUAUCGCUCCACUCCAAAUGCUGCACAUAUGGAGUCAUAUGCGUCCAGCAGCAGCGACGAUUACAGCCCAUCCACCUCCAGCCAGCCUUUUUUAGAUGUGGAUCCACGGGAAAAGGGCUAUCCACCGAAGCGCUCAUACAAAAACCCUCGAGCACCUAUACCAAGGGAGCAAUAUCCACAGAGACUCCACUCCAAGCCGAGAUUUUGAGAAAAACCUACAUUUCUACUGUGGGUUCACGUUGAGAUUCUUAUCUUGGACUUUUAGAACACAGUCGACACUUUUCACCGCUUGCACAUACAUAUUGCCACCUUAACAUGUAUCACAUGUUUUUAUAUUUAUAUUUAUUGUUAAACCUCUAUGAUGGGUGGGGGCGGGGUGACACACCCCCAGGUGUGGUUAUAUAAUGUUGUACUUUGCACUGGCACUUCACACUUGAAAAAGGGCCUGUGAGGCCCGAAACAUGUUGUGUGGACUAUAAUAAAAUUGCACUUUAGCAGUUAUUCUGCAAGUUUGUUCCUCUGUUCUCCGCUUUCGAUUGUUUACAAGAUUUGAGGUGUGUGGACGGAGCACCUGUGAGACAGCGGGACUGGCCACAUUGCUGCUUUCCACGUGUAUUAAAGACAAAGUGA